AUGCAUACAUACUUCAUUCCCAAUCAUCAACCCCCUCCGAUUUGCUCUGCAGUUUGCUCUCAAAAUCGAUUUCUAAAUUUCGAUUUCGCUUCAACGGAUGUUGCAUGGUAUUGGUUUGGGAGGACUCUUGCAAUUGCCAAUCUGGUGUACUUCUCAAUAAAUUUGUUUGCUUUCUUGAUUCCCAAAUUCCUUCCAAAGGCUUUCGACAUGUAUUUCAGGGAGAGGGAUGAGGUACACCCUAAAACUGCGGAGGACAAGCGUUCUGCCGCGGCGAACAAAUUCCCUACGGACAAGAAAGCUGAUUGAUUCUACUGUUUCUUAGUGUUUGCCGAAGAAGAGAAAAGUUAAUAGUUCUACUUACUUUUUGUUGCUUAAAGUCAUCUAAAAUCAGUUUCAUUUUUCCCUAUCAUGUUCAUGUUUUAGACAUCUAUCUUUGGCCUGAUAAAAAAAGAACUUGUAUGUUUUUGGGGGUUGGAGUAACCACAUGAAUUAAUUUGAACUCUAUCAUUUAGUAAGAAAAGAUUGCUGUAUCCUGGAAUUCGGAUGA